UGGGCAGAGAUACGAGCUGAGAUUUUUUGUUUUGCGUAUUUACGGAAAAGAGUGCCGUAGGAACGUUGUUAAUUAGAGUGUUGCGAGAAACGCGGAAAAGUUUCCACCCCGUAAUACCAUACUUUGCCAAGUGCCUGGAAUACGGAAUGAGAUGAUGCUCUUAAAUGUGUAGUGUGCUCAGGCAACAGUAUAAACCGUAAAAAUAAAUGAAAAGAAGUGAUUGCAAUUUAAUUGAGAAAGUGCUAAACAUCGGUACAAACAAAACCAUUCCGUUUGAAAUCUUUGGACAUUUCUCAUCGAAAAGAUAGUAAAACCCGUGACAUUGGAGCGCAGAAACGUUCGCCCACUAGCAACCACCUGGACGCAACGAAUACCGGACGCACGAUACCUCUCGACACCCCGAUGGCCACUAAGGCGGAUGGCACCGGCGGUCCCCGGAACAAUGGACACGAGAUGGCCCCGCUGAACACACGUGCCCGCGGCGAUGGCAAGCACGGGGUCACCAUAAUGCUAUCCCCACCGGACCGCAACUCGAUCGGUUCCAGGGAGGGAGCUGGUCUCCCGGACGGGGAUCCAGAUCGAGCCGCAUGGUCCGGCAAAAUGCAAUUUUUCCUCAGUAUUAUCGGCUACUCCGUCGGGUUGGGUAACAUCUGGCGGUUUCCGUACCUGUGCCAGCAGAACGGUGGAGGCGCCUUCCUCAUUCCGUUCAUGAUAAUGUUAAUCCUGGAAGGCAUUCCGCUUUUCCUCAUCGAGCUUGGAAUGGGUCAACGAAUGCGGUUGGGUGCGCUCGGGGUGUGGAACACGAUACAUCCCUGGCUCGGUGGCAUCGGGAUUUCGUCAUGCAUCGUGACGCUGUUCGUGGCCAUCUAUUACAAUGUGAUUAUCACCUGGUGCUUCUUCUACUUCUUCAACAGCUUUCGGGUUCAACUUCCGUGGUCUUACUGUCCGGAACUUAACGGCACCGCCGUGGAGGAAUGCGAACGAUCCUCCGAGACGGCCUACUUCUGGUACCGGACCACGCUGGAUGCAUCGCCAAGCAUCGACGAACCUGAGGGCUUCAAAUGGUGGAUUGUGCUGUGUUUACUACUGUCUUGGACGGUCGUGUUCUUCAUCGUGAUGAAGGGAAUCCAGAGCUCCGGCAAGGUGGUUUACUUCACCUCGCUCUUCCCCUACAUCGUGCUGACGAUCUUCUUCAUCCGAGGCAUCACGCUGAAGGGUGCCGGCGCAGGUCUUAUGCACAUGUACACCCCGAAGGUGGAAAAACUGCUGGAACCGACGGUUUGGUUGGAUGCGGCCACCCAGGUGUUCUACUCGUUUGGCUUGGCGUUCGGAUCGUUGAUAGCGUUCGGAAGUUACAACACGCCCAAAAACAACUGCGUUAGGGACGUGAUACUGGUGUCGGUUUGUAACGCAUUUACCGCUAUCUACGCCAGUGUCGUGAUAUUCGCAAUCCUCGGCUACAAAGCGACGGUCGGCGUGGACAGAUGCAUUACGGUAAACAAAGGGAUUCUUGUAAAACAUGGGAUCCUUCCGUCGGUUAGUGUGGAUAAUGUGGAGUAUGAACACGCCAUGCACGGGCUGAGUGAAGCUGUGCGAACGAACUGGACGCUCGAGCAUUGCAGUUUGGCGGAUCAAUUGGACAGUGCCGCCGAAGGUACCGGACUCGCCUUCAUCGUGUUUACCCAGGCCAUCGUGCAACUGCCGGGCGCCCCCUUCUGGGCGGUGCUCUUCUUCACUAUGCUGCUCUCGCUGGGUCUUGGUUCGCAAAUCGGCAUCCUGGAGGGAAUGUUGUGUACGAUAUUCGACAUUGACAUCUUUAAGCGGAUUAGAAAACCCUACGUCACUGGUGUCGUUUGUGUGUUUUGCUUCACCGUGGGAUUGAUCUUCACCACCGGAGCGGGAGAGUACUGGCUCAAGAUGUUCGACUCCUUCGCCGGAACCAUCGGCUUGGUGGUGGUUGCACUGAUGGAAACCAUUGCGGUUAUUUAUAUCUACGGACAUAAGAAAUUUACGGAGGACAUUUAUCAGAUGACCGGAAUUCGGCCAGGCCUCUACUGGCAGAUGACAUGGAGGUACAUAGGCCCCGUUAUCAUGUUCGGAAUUCUCUUGUCAUCCAUAUUGAGUAUGAUACUGAGAAAUCCCACAUACGCCGCGUGGAACGGAGAACUGGGAGAGACCGAGAACAAAUCCUACCCGGACUGGGUGAUGGGAAUUGCGCUGGCAAUGAUCGUCGCUUCCGUGCUUCCAAUGCCGCUGGUAUUCCUGCUGCGACGGUUCCAGAUUCUCAAGGUGGAUCUCGACAUCCACCAGGGAUCGAUUCGACGCAACGAAACGACAGCCUCCACCAAAGAGAUGAUUGACGAGGAUGACGUGGUUAGUCCCGAUCUGCCCCCGCCGCAGUCGCUAGCGGGAACCCGUUUCACUAUCGGAGAUUUCGAUGAUGAUGACGAUGAUGAUUUCAGUGGGCCAGCGUUGGGUGGGCCGGUGAACGUACGCAGCGAUAGCGACGACGAAGACGAGCCGCCGACCAUCGGCAAGAUGCUCUCGAAGCAUUCCGCGAGCAACUCAACCACAAACAACUCCUCCGCCACGGCGGCCGCUCAUCAGACGACGUUCCAAUUCAAGAACCAGCACCAUCUGACGCCCAACCCGCUGGCGGCCAGCCCAGCGCGAAAGAAACCUUUCAGCAUGGAGGUUAUGGAUUUCUAGGGGAAAAUGAGGCUUCCGAGAGGAGGUUAGUUCCACCGUGUUCGGCAAAACAAACCAAAAACAAAACAUGAGAAAAAAAUACCUGUACUUAAUAAGCAACCCAAGCUCAGCUAUAUUUUUAUAUGAUGUUCAAAUAUGUUUCCGUGUCUAUGUACAGAGAGUUCGCUUAAUCAUUCGAGAGAUUACUUUGUUUCUUUAUUUUUUUUGUGUUAAGUUGAAUUCAAUGUCCUAUCAGUUCGGAAUCAAUUGUUUGUACAUAAUCGUGUAUGAUAUACCCCGCAUUGAAAGGAGAAAACAAAAUCCAGCCCUAGAUUUAGACGUAAUGUUAGGAUAAGUUGAACGAGGUUCUAGCUGCUAGAGCACGAAAAUCGAACUGGAAGAAAUGCUGUGCCAGAGGUAAUAGGGGCUACUUACUUAGUAAGCCAAACUAUGUUAUGAAGUUUUACUCCCUUUCUAUCUAAUAAUAACUAUGAUUUUGACGACAGGAUAAAGAAAACCCCGAAAACAAUAAGCAACAGUUUGAUAUUAUUCAAAGCAGAAAAAACAGAAAAAAAAUAGUUUAGAUCCCACUUUUGAUUCGUUGAAAGCCAUUUUAUAAGUAUUCAAAUAGGUGAUAUAAUUUGUAAGUAGCUAAUCGAAAGAGAGAGAACGAGAGAAAGAGAUUAAUAAUAGGACGAAUACAAAUUGAGCAGCCAAUUCACGAAACUCUGAGUGGAGAAGCGAUUAAGAAAAAAGAAAAAGAAAAGUAUUUCAAAUUAGUAUAGCCAGAAAUUGAAAAAAAAAUACUUAUGACAGACGUGAAAUUAAUGUUAGGUGAAACGAAUUAAACAAAACAAAGGGAAAAAAACUAGCGAGAAUAUCAUCAGGCAUAAGUGAUUUGUUUCUAUUAAAUACAGAGUUAGUAAUAAGAAGAAGAAAAAUUGGACUGUAGCACAUAAUCAGUUGUCGAAUUUAAUCGUAGACUUUGGAAUUUUUCACCUCAACUCAGAAACAAAACGUUUAGUUAACGUAUAUAACAUGAUCAAAUUGCACAUGCACAACUAAAAAGAAAUUCUUGCAAAUCCAAUAAACAAAGAGCUGUACAUAAAGAGUUCCUUCCUAAGUUAUCCUAUUGUACUAUUUAUUUCAUACAGUGAAAUUUCUGACACAAGGAAAGAUGAAAACAAUAAAAAUUGUGAUCAAUACUAUAUUUAAUAACAGAUAAAAGUGUAGCGUGUAAGUUAAUGUUUUAAGAGAGUUAAAUAACAAUUUCACAACCCCCAAAAAAGGACGACAAAAAUUAACGACUGUAAAUGAGUUAUAACUGGACUUGAAAAUAUCACUCCUCCAAGAAUAUCUUUGAAGAGGGCUUCAUUGAAACUAGGUAAACAAAAAGGAAUGGAGGAAUCAUUACCGUAAAAGAAACAGUUCCCUAGUUGUAGAGGAGACACGAUUAAGUAUUACACACUGACUCCAAACACACACAUACAUACCUACUAGACAUAGUUUAUUACAGUAGUUUUGAUUGAGAUUAUGUGCGCUAAUUCGAGUGCUGUCAGGAAUCAGAUUUUUGCUCAUCGGUGUAUUAGUGUAUUGUUUGUAUCUGAGCGUCAUUCUACCAAUACAGAUUCUUUUAAAUUGUUGUUAAAAGCAGCUAGGACGAUAACCGAUGUGACAACGCCAGCAACGCCGGGUUCGGCUGGUUCUGAGAGGUGACCUGUCAAUGGAAGGGUCGGCCCGGAUCAGUUAAAUGUCAAUUACGGACGGCUACUUCUACUACUACUUAGUGUACUUUCCGUACACAACCUUUAUUGGCAACAUCAUGUUUUGAAAUAUUAGGAUUUCUGGUGAAAUUGACCUGGGCAUUUUCCUCCGUCUUCUUACACGUCGUUUGAUCCCUGAACCUACUCAACACUCUUGAAUGGUUGGAUUACAGAUCCGAAGCAUUUUUCCCGAAACAAUAACAACAUUCGUUCACGCGUCUCCACUUGACUCACUUUUAUCUUGUCCGAACUAAACUCACAACUACGCCAUUCACAGGAUGUAAACAAUACACUUCACAGAGAAACCGUGCAAUACUGCUCAUUUCUACUCAGCAGAAGGAAAGCUACAGUCAGCCAAUUUACUAAGUAGAAAUAAAAGGAAUGGAUUUUUUGGAUCCGCAGGGAGCCAGAUUUAAUUCUGCGUUCAACCGACAUAGGUGGUGGUAGUCUUAGAAAUUUGGUUAAGGAGAUGACGCGGCAUCUCUGCCAACAACGUAGAAUCAGAUGUUGUCAAUUUGUAUUCUUUAUUGAAUAUCUUGGACUCGAUUUCCAUAUCUAUCCAGUCAGCUGUGACACAGCAGGAUUGAUAUGAUUGAUGUGACACUUUGGUUGAUACUACUAUUCUUGCAGAUCGGAAUUUCUUAUUUGGCAAGAAAGACUUCUUCCUCUCUUAAUCGGGUCACCGACUACGGCGUUGACAUCCGUCAGUCUACCACCUGUCAGAUGAUGAGCCUCUAAAGUUGAAUCGAUGGGGGACCUCUUAACACCUCUUCCUCUUUUAAACAGUUUUAAAAGAGUUCAUACAUCAUUCCAUUCCCGACUCUACUGGGGUUUCUAUUCGUUGUUGUUACUCGACGAAUUGAUAGUCGGUUCUCAUCUGGUUGCAAUGCGAUCUCAUGCGUUUGCUUCGUCGGUAGUCUAAUAUUAUAGGAGAUCCGCGGGUAGGACGGACACUGGGGGUAUGAUGGACAGGUGGUUAAUUUGUAUAGUUGCAUUAUGAAUUUCAAAUUUCUGUUGAUGGGAACUCCUUCUACAUGCUAUUCUAGAAUAUUCAAACCAUCCUAUGACAACGAAUACUGAUCAAAAGUGAAAUAGGAAAACAAAAACCGAAAAUCAAACAUGAUUCCGCGUGUCGAUGUAAUUUUUGUGGCUUCGAUAUUAAGCAUUUUGAGUGAUUUAAUUGCAAAAUUGAAUUCGCUGAUGGUUAUACUUCGAUUUGUGAGUUGACAGAGAAGCGAUAUUAGGUAUGUACGGAAAAGUAAAUUCUUUCGUAAGUGGUAAAUUUAAAUUAUUGAAAUAUUUUUUUUUUUUAUAUAUCUGUAUUAUAGUGACUUUCAACUCAUUUGGCUGGUUCGUCACUUUUACUUCCAUUUUUGGAAGAAUGUCGGGAGUGAGAAUUGAACUCGUGACCUUCAGCGUGAGAGGCAUGGAUGUUACCACUACGCCAGAUCGCCUCCCCUAUUGAAAUAAUUCUUACCCCCAUCUUACCCCCAUAUCCCCUACAUAAUUCUUCCAAUACAAUCACCACCCUCGUUCAACGAGAUCCUAAGGAGAUCGUAGCUUCUAUCUUUGGUUUUAUGUUUCCUGUUCAAUUAUGAUUUUUUCAUUCGAAUUAUCUAAUUUGUGGAGUUGUGUUGAUGAAAGAAGCUGGUUUAGCCAUGUUCGAACUGAUCGACUAACCGUUUCGUCAAAAAUUUCUCCUCAAAAUUAAUCUUCUUGAGCGACAUCUUUGACGCGUCCACAAACUUUUCCGCGAAGUUGUUUGACUAUGAGUGGAGAAGAAUUGUCUUAAGGCUGUAUUCUAGUCUAGAAAUUUGAAAUUCAUCAUUUUUUAUUUUCAUAUUACAGAAGUUUAAUGUCGUUCUACGCGUAGUUGUCCCAUGUUAUUUUUUGACAAUUUUCACUUUUCUUCAUGAAACGAUGUUUUGAUGCCUAAUAUUCCGGAAAAAUACAAAAAAAAAGUUAUAGUUUGUUCCCAGCUUUGAAAAAAAACAACAUCGAGCUUAAUUGUCCCAUGUUGAUAUUCUAUUCAUAGCUGUCCCACCAUGUAUUUUGUGUAGAUCCUUAUCAAAUAAAUCGAUUCAAGCACAAAAAUUUUAUGUCACGCUUUCAGCAGGGCUUAUGCACUCAUUUCUGGUUUGGAAGAACGAAUUAAUUUUCGAACAAAUAAAAGAAAGUUUAACAGAACCCUUGUGCACCUUGUCAACGAAUGCCUAAUAACAACGAGAUUUAUAUUCUGCAAAGUAUUGCAGAUCACUUCCUUCUUCAUAAAUCGAUGUUUUUAUGCAUAAUCUUUCGGAAAAAAACAAAAAAAAACCUAUGGGAACAAACACAAAGUAUUUCAAUAAACAACAUCAAUUUCAAUUGCCCAUGUUGAUAUUCUAAGCAUAACUGUCCCACCAUGAGUUUUUAAGCCCGUAACCUAGAUUGAUUAAUUCAAAUGAGGGGAUAUUUUCACAUUUUAUUAAACAAUAGUUUUCUGUUUAUAAAAAACCCAGUCUAUUGCCAAACCGAAACGCUUAAAGCUUCUGGUAGACAAAUAUGCUAGAAAACUUUGAAUGCGUUUUUCUCAGUUGCUGAUUUUGGAACAUGGGACCACUAUGCGUAGAACGGCAGUUUAGACAUUGAAGAAUAUAUCCUAGAAAGGACUUUUCGAAAAUCCUAUUAUUUAAAGGAUUAUAGCCAAUCACUUACUCGCUGAUGUCUCUGGCAUUGCAAUCAUUACAUUAAACUGACGCCAUUCCAUUGAGGUUCUGAACUACACAAUUGUCUAGGCAAUGUAAAACUAGGCUGUCACCGGCUCACCAAGAAAAUAAUUAUUCAGUAAUUUUGUAUGUGAUUUGGUUUCGCAUGACAGUAGCAAAACUAUCUGCACCAAGGAUGACAGCUAAGCUAAUCGAGACCGGAAAUAUUAACAGAAAGGGCUACUGUUGAGAAGAGCGCAAAGCGAAGAUCGUGUGUAUAUUUAGUUGCUUCAAGCCAUCGAUAUAUGGCUUUGUGUGUGUACAUGCGUGCUUCAUAACCCGUAUGUACAAAUAGCACACCUUCACUACGCUGAAACCCCAUUUGUAUCUGUUCCCGUGUGCAUUAACCCUGCCGCGAUGCAACAAUCAUAUAAUAUUUUGAUGCUAUGAUGGACGAUUGUUUGGUGGUGCAAAUUAUGCAGCCACGAUAAUAAAUAUGAACAAAGAGAGAGGUAGCGGAAAAGGAAUAUUUGCGCUACGGUAUGAAUGAUGGAUCUCUGCUGAGGCAAGUAUUCAGACUUUCUCUUUAUUCGAAUCAGCUAACAUUGCUUAUUUUGCGUCAUCAUAAGGGCUUCGUUGGUAUCGAACUGAGCAGGCGUUAAGGUUGUGCGGAAUAAUCAGAUCUAGAUCAUAGUGAAUGUCGUGCUGGAAUGUUGUGAGUUAUUUGGGUUCGCGUGUCAAUCGCAAAACUGCCUUCAACAAGGAUGUCAUUUGCGCUAAUCUUAAUCAAAAUGAAGCAACUCUUUUCGAAGUUAUUGAGAUUAACAGAGAGAAUUUAUUUCGAGGCCACUAAUAUUAACAGAAGUGUUUCUUUUGAGAAUAGCAAACUACAAAUACUAAACAGUUAUUUCUAAAACUACGCCGCAUUAAAAUAUAACAUCCGAAGUUAUAAACAAGCGACUUGAAUAAAAUAACAGCGUAGUUCUACGUCAACAAUGCGUUCGUGUCUUGGACACAACUUCCUAUAAUUAUUUUCACAUUAACCCAAAUGUAACAAAUACCCGAAAGGAAAAUUUGACAAAUCAGGUUAUGAUUUAAAUAAGAUUUAAUCAAUACAACAUGUGGGGGCAACAAAAACACGCAGUAAAUUGAAAAAUUGUAUUGUGGUAAAUUUGAAAAUGAUGUGAGAUACUUAGCUGAUUCAUUCUUAGAAAUUAGUGUAAGCAUAAUAAACAUGCUGCCUUCGACAAUCCAAAACGAAAAAGAUCGUGUAUAAAACUCGGCCAACCAGGAACAUCAAUGCUGAAACCGAAUAUCCACGGUGCCAGAAUAAACGUUCUAUAUUUGGUGGAAUCAAAUCUGAUAUGAGCUGCUUAAAACCUGUUCAAACGAUCAAUGGAGACUUCUACAGACAACAAUUGAUCCGUUUAACGCGAGCUAUUGCCGAAAAACGACCAGACACGAGUCGAUGAUAUACCAGCAUUAUAACGCUCGGUGUCGAGUUAAAAACUAUUUGGGAAAUAGCGGAUGGGAAAUUCGGGUUUACUUGCCUCAUAAUCCAGGAAUUCCGGCUACCAUUUGUUUCGAUUGGUGCAGAACACUUUAAGUGGAAUACGCUUUUCUUCAGAACAUGGUAUCUAAAAUUGCCUGGAUUCAUGCAUGGCUGCAAAAGAUGAACGCUUUUUUCGCGACGGCAUUCGUAAAUUGCCAGAAAGGUGGGAAAAUGUAAUGGCUAACGAUAGCCAAUACUUUGAACAAUGUAAUAAUAAAUUUUAUUCUUCAAAUAAAUGUGUUUUUCAUGCAAAACCGAACGAAUUAAGUUGCACACCCAAUACGUAUAACUCCUCCUUUUGGACCCAAAAUAGUGAGCAGCGAACUGCACGUCUCGAGAAUGAAUCUUCGACCGAAUAAUAUCCGUGAGAUGAAAAUGAAAGCCCCUCCUCGUUACGGCCGUCGACCAAAAUGUAACUGGAUAACCCACAGUACAUUUGAUACCAGCAAGCCUGCAUCCCAUCACUGUUGCAACAUGAUUUUAAUGAAAAGUUACACGAGUCUUUGAGCUUAGAUGAAGACCAACUCAACGAUCACAUUCAUUCACUUUGUAGACUCUGAGAGCACUUCCCUUGCGGAUAAUUUGAACCCAUACGAAUGAAGUUAUUCGAUUGUGCCCCAAUUCUACACCCAAAAUUAAUUUUUAGUACAUAUUUUUGGCAUACUGAUUUAUUACAUUAAAUGUGCUUAAAAAUAACAGAAAAUGUGCUUGCCUCCCAUACUGGUACAGCAUUUGUAUAAUAUAUAUGCCAUAACAAUAUAAGACCAAUAUGAGCGAGCGAAACAAGAGACACAUUGUAAAUAAGCACGCAUUAAACCUUUUCGCAUUCUUUGCCACACACACACACGGACCAGAUCAGAAAGAAUAUGAGUUCACGUUUAUGUUCUCCUUUUUACUCUUAUAAAACACUUGCCAACUUCAUGUGGCUUUGUGUCAUGACGCUAAGACUGCUGAGUUAUGUUCCAGCUUUCGAAUUAAUUGUUUGCUGCAACAAGAAAAAACGAUUACCUUCUCGUAGACAAAUGUUCAACGAUUCCGCAAUUUUUAAACUUAAACGCGUCUGAAAGACGUUCCAAACAAUCUGCUGUCAGAGCAUUUAAAGGUCGACCACUAGCAACGCUAAAGUGGAAAAUCAAUACAUAUUACUUUACAGCUGUCGAAUUGUUUUGUUAAUGUGUUGUCGUGCCGAUUACGAGUGAAACACAAAUUCUUGAAAAGUUAUAACUAUAGAAUAAUGAGAUAAGAUUAUGAUGAGCGAUUUCAAUUAUUUUCUUCUUCGCAUGAAUUUUGAAAUUUUCGUAGGUUACAGACACUAACGGAAACGACUCUCAUAACACUAUGUGGAUUAUCACACAAAGUACCUCUGAAGAUGCAGAAGAGAGGCAUGCUCAUUUCAAUAUUAUCUGAACACUCUUUUUUUUGUUUUUCCGAUACACUCCCUAACUGCCAAAAAUUAAUUUCAAACAAAUCCUGCAUACAAUUUGGAAAACAAAUUAAUAGGGUUCAAGUUUUGAUAGAAAAUUUGCAAAAUGAAUACCACUUGUGACAUUCAAUCUUGAUUUGGUUGACCCUACGAUUGUCCUAACUGCUCAACUGCUGUUUUUGUGUAAAUUAAAAAAAAUAAACGUGCAUUUUGGCAAACAAUAUGUAUUCACCCUAAGAGCAAUACAUAUAAAACCAAAGGAAAAACUUCUUCCAUAUACAUGUUUUGAACAAAUAUUGACUCAAUUGUCAGAAUAAAUCAACAAUUGUUUCAUUUUAGACGCUCCUAUUGUUUAUAUAAACUCAAACACAUACACAUACACACAAGGUAAAAUGUGAACAACAUAACGACUGUGAACAAACCUAGCGUUAAGGCCAAUUCAAAUCCCCACAUGGUGUCACGGUUUGACAAUUGAAGAAGAAGAAUAGAAAAAAAGGUUUACCAACACUAUUAUUAAAACCGAAAGCAAUUAAGCCUAUAACAACGCAAACAAAAACUGUAAACAUACAUCAUUCAACCACUGCAACAAAAUAGGAUAAAACAGUAAACAUAGAUAGCAACAAAAAACAACCAAUUCAUUGUGUCAAUUGCUUCUAUACACCAUUCAGCACACAUGAACAGUCCGGAAAUAAAAAACAAGAUAUAUCCUCCAUUUGACGAGCCUCUUAGAUUCCAAAAAAUGUUGAGUUCGUGUCAAGUGCAAUAUAAUAACAGAAACUUUCUCUCGCUCUCUAGUUUUCCUGUCUAGGUUUCACUAAUUUGCUUACCCGAAAACCUGAACAAACCACUCAAAAACAGCACUCCCAUUCGUGCCAGAGCGUUAUAAUUGGUUAACACACAAACACACGAGAAAAACGAAAACCUAAGCUUAAAAAAAUACUUACUGUGGCUUAUAGUACUUUCAAGAAGAAGAAGAAAAACAACAAAAAACAAAGAAUCGCUAAUUUUGCCUUCGGGUGGAAAGUAUACAAAAUGUUAUUAUAUAAUAGCACCUUAGACGAUUGAAACCAAGUUUACUAAAGUUUGAAAACUAAUAUCUAACACCCCCCACCCCACCCCACAACGGAAAACCAAACAACCCAACAAGCUUGGGAAGCUUAAUUGAGAAAGCUUUCCGAGGCGUUUGUAACAAAAUCGAAGCCCAAGCGGACGCAUUAUAACGAUCUUUAAGAAAGAUCUCAAACGCUGUUGAGUCUUUUUAGCUGAGAAAUUCCUCCCUUCCCCCCACUCCUCUAGUAAAGCAAAAGCGAUAACUUAUGACAGACACCACAAGCGUUUGGGGGGCAUGUUAUUCAUAGCGUAAAAAAUACGUAACCGUUAAAUAUCUAUGUUACCACCAGACUCGGACACGCCCGGACACGCAGUUUUAGUUUGACGUUUUAAAUCAUGGAACCCUUUUCGGAACCCGUAACCAAAGCAUGCAUAAGAAUUAUGAAUGGGGAAGAACAGCUAGGGUUUUCCUAAAAAAGACGCUAAAUCUUAAUAUCUAGACAUGUUGCAAAUAGUGUAAAUUAUAACUGAUACACAGACACAAAAUAAACAACAGAUGAGCAAAAGUAACAGAAAAAAACUGAAACUGAAGGUAAUUAUUUAUGAAACUAUUUCAAAUUGAUACGUGAGAAAUGAAAAUAAAAUAAAAAUAGUUUGUUAAGGUGGA